CCCGCUGACCGCAGCCACCCGCUGCUUAGAAGCACGUGUAAGCUGCCCACUGGUGACACCCUCUGCAAAUUUAGUGACGGUUUGUUUCAUCUUGUGUUGCUUUUAUCCAGAUUCCUUUGGUUUUUCUCCUUAUCGUUCGAUUUUCCAGGUUUAAUUAAGGCUGUCGAUUCAGAAAGUCGGUGGUUCGGUCUUCAAUUCACUUUGACAAAGAUACCAGGAAAAUGAUUUUUUUUUUUCAAUCUGUGUCACAAGGAGGAAAAGCUUCCAGCUUCAGCAUGUCCUGAUCAUUCAUUGGUUUGCAGACAGGGAGAAUCUUUAUGUCAAAAUAAAAUGACAGUACAUCGAAGGAUCGAGCAACAGCAAAGGUAGGUAUUGGAUUGAAAACAAUAGUGGACAAUUUUACCUGGAGUUCGGUUGGCUGUUUGUUGAAGAGUAAUCUGCUUGAGAGAAAAUGCAGAAUGCCGCCUCUGUGCCGUCCUACGCUCGCGAAAGUUGGACCAAGCGUUUCCGUGCAUCCGAUUACUGUAUCGAAUCCUGCCGGCUUUUUUCUCCGGUUGCGACGACGUCGGAUUUGAAGAAUUCGAAUUAUCUUCUGGAAAGCAACACCUCUGACAGAAGCCGGAUAAGCGACGGCUUUUGCGAUGGCAAUUCGUCCGACGCGAAAAUGUUGAGCUUUGAGCGCCAUGGCCAUCAAAUGUUUCAGCCGUACAGUCAGGCGAGUUAUGAGAAGUCUGACAACUUAUUGUACGCAAAUAUUCUGCCUUCAUUAAAUGAGGGGGCCGUAGCUUGGUCGACGCCUUCCUAUUGCAAUAUUUCAGAAGCACCGUCUCACUGUACUCCUAAUGGCUUCCGUCAGGGUUUAGAAGCAGCAAAAUACGAUGUUGAGAAGGCAGAGUUAAAUGUCAAACUUCCAUCGCAGGAAUCUGAGGUGUGUUAUACCAUAGCUCAAGCUGCUGCCGUGGCUGUAUGUGACGGUGACCAGAGACAGUCUUUCCCGGAAGAUUUUUUAACCGCUGGUUGUAGCUUGAAAAUGGAGGAGAUGGCAAGGUUGAACGGCAUUUCAGUCGAGACUGCUUCAACAAAUCCUUCUUUUCAGUGGUCAAAUGUUGUAUCUUUCCCUGCCGAAGGAUCCGCUGCCGGCGCCUCUAACAUACAUUUCCCUCAGGCAUUCACUAGACACAGAAACGAGGGGGAAGAUUCUCCUCCGACAGAGCAAAAGAGAACGAGUUCUGCCUUACUCGAAAGCGAUCAAGGAAGUCCUUCCAAGAGGAUUCGAACCUCGGAUGCGCCAUUGAAGGUACAAGGAAGGAAGGAAAGCCUGGGAGAACGGAUAACAGCUUUGCAACAACUCGUCUCGCCUUUCGGAAAGACGGACACAGCGUCUGUGCUUCUUGAAGCCACCGGAUACAUAAAAUUUCUGCAGGAUCAAGUUCAGGUUCUGAGCACGCCGUACCUCAAAGGAUUCACCUCCGGCCAAACUCAAAAGUUGUUGCAGGAAGGAAACGCAGGGGAUUCAGAAAUAAGCGAGCUGAGAAGGCGAGGGCUAUGCGUUGUACCCGUCUCAUACACACGGCUAGUUGCGAACAAUAAUGGCGCAGAUUUCUGGGCAUCUGGAAUCGGAGGGGGUACCAGGUUUUGAAUAAUCUAUUUAUAAGCAAAUUUGUUCCUGUUUUUCCUGGGAGCAACUGAACACCCAUGCCUAACUUUAAACGGUUCGCCUCAUUUGUAUAUAACUGUAAAUUGAAUCGACUACUAAAAUAAAUGGGACCCUCCAAGUUAACGUAUUGUUCAUUUUC